GGGCACUUCACGAAUGCCCAUGCUGUGGCGUGCUUCGUUCUUUCUCCUUUUAUUUAUUCUCCUCGGCUCCACCUCCGAAGCAGCAGUAACAAACGGAUAUUUUUGCUGCUGAUCAAAUACACAGUGAACAACAAUGAAACUUACACUUUUAACAAUUCUCCUUUUCUGCUUAAUAGCUAUUUGUCAAUCAGCUGACGAGGAAUAUGCAGAUUAUGAAGAUGAACCUGCCCCCGCUCCAGUAACAUCUGCACCUGCAAAACCAACAAGUCGACUUGGAAGUCUUUUAGCACCUAGAAAUCGACCGGUAGUUACAAAAAAAAGUGCCCAAGUAACUUCUACAACCGCGAAACCAGUAGAAUUAGUAGAAGAAGACCCCGAAGGAGAAGAAGGGUAUGAUGAUAAACAGGAAGAAGAGGUGCCCGUUACCACCACGGAAUCUUCGAAAAAAUUAAAAGCAGGAGUAGUCCGACCUUUCAGAUCAAAUGAUGACCUUUUGGCUGCCCUGAAGAGGAGAAGAGCGCAGGUUGGUUUGAGUCAUGCUAAAGAACACGCUUCAUCUUCAACGCCAGCAUCUGUAGAAACUACAUCAGUAUCUAAAUUCAAAUCUGCAUCCAAUGGGCGUAGCAGAACGAGUGGAAAUGGAGAAGUUCCAUCAAAACCAACAAAUCGUGGAAGGUUUGGAGCCUCUCGGGGAUCUAAACCUGUUCAAGAAGAAGUGGAAGAGACUCAACAAGAUGAAGUUCAAGUUAAAGCGAAACCAUAUCGUAGAGGUUAAAUAGGAUUUAGUGGAUGAAACAUUAGAAAAACUAUUGUUGUUCCUUGCGUUUAAAAGAAAGUUGUAACAUGUGUGCUCUUUGUUGCCUCUGCAACUUCUUUGACUAAUUUUAUUCUGCAAAUCCGAAUUUGUAAAAAUCUGACUGAUAAAAUAAUUGAAUUACUAUUUCAGUGAUGAAAGCUAAAGAGUCAAAGUUUGCCUAUAUUUAUUCGUACCGAACAUAUCAAUAAAAUAUAUACACACUGAAAAAAUACUAUUGAAUGAAUAACUUUUGUUUAAAAACACAUCUUUUAUAGAUGAAACUUAUUUGUAUUUCAAAAGGUUAGUCUUUUUCUAAAAAUCAGGCCAUUCUUUCGAAUUCUGAUUUGGACAUUAGAGUCAUUUCGGCACAAUAGGAUGGGAAGCUCGUCAGACAGCAUUACGUCUUGACGAAACAUGUGAUUUAUCCGUACAUAAAAGAAAAAAAAAGUAGACCAUCAUCCUAAAUAUCGAGAUUCAUGAUUAGUAUUGUGAAACAUAAGUUAAGAAUAAGUAAACUAUAAAAAAUAAUUUUUACAAAAAAGAAUUGACUGUUAAAUCUAAAAAAUGUGUAAAAUAACAUUGUACAGUUUUGGUAAUGUGCUAAAUAACAAUGCGAUUAUAAUGUAGGGAAAUGUGUUUAUUUAAGAAACAGCGUUAUGAAAUAACAUUUAGGGAACACGCGCCAUAACGGUUAAUUAAAAAGAUUUUCGUAAUGA